UGUAAAUGGUGCUGCUUUUUGUCACAUAGCAUCACCAAUCUUCCUUUCCAUAUUAACAAAAAUCAAUAGAUUUUUUAACCAAUCUUAUCACUUACACUUGCCAAUAUCUACAAAGAACCAGGGCACAUAUAAACACAAACACCAGCGCACACACACAACAUGAGGUGGUCACUUGGCGCUGCAAAUGGAGCCACGUUGAGAACAGUUCAAAGGGCUGCAGGAGCCACCAGUGUUGCAACUGAACCAUUAUCACACACCCCUACAAGCCCUUCUCCAAAACCCACCAAAACAUCAUCUUCUUCUUGCAAAUCCACUGCUCAAACCUCCCUUUUGAUCACUACCAGCAACCCUUCUUCUCCUUUUUCGAGGAACCAAAGUUCUACUCCUGUUUCCUGGACUUUUUCUUCAUCUUCUAGUAGUGCUGGUGAUGAUUUUGAUGAGCAAUGGGAGUGUAUUGAUCAUGGGGUGUUUCAAGAAGUUGAGGAUGUAGGGUAUGAGAGUGAUCAUUAUGUGUUUGGGUCUGUGCCUUCUGUUGACGAGGUUCAACAUGCUGUCUCUUCUCUUCAGCAGGUCCUUGAACCAGUGUCCUAUUCACAACUCAUCAGGGACAGAGCUGCUUAUGAUUCAGACAAGGAUGUGGCAAAUUAUACUUAUAGUCCAACUGGUCUGAUCCGCAAAAUUCCUUCAGUUGGGUCGGAAGUUGAUUGGAUGGAACCCUCACUACAGCCAUGGAACUCAAGAUUCUUAAAGCCUCGAGGUUCUGACAGAGUUUGUAAUGCUUUACAUCUAUUGCAUACUGAACCAGCUAUACAGAGAAUGGUGGUAGCAUUAUCAUCUGAUACGGCUGUCUGGGAUGCUGUUAUGAAUAAUGAUGUGGUGCGAGAGCUUAGAGAUUCGUUUGUGAAAGUUGACAAGAAUGUUGGUGAGAGUGCUGACUUAGAUAAGGGCUCUGAUGAUCCAGAAUCAGCAGUGGGAUUAUUGAGUUUGAUUUUCAACAACACAAAGACCAGAAUUAUGGACUUGAUAUACAAGAUAACAGGGGUGAUCAACAAGUUGUUUCUGCCACCUGAAAAUGAGAAAAGUGGAAUAGCUACUGACUUAUUUGAAGCCAAGUUGACAACUUCUUUACUUCUAUCUGUUGUGGUCCUCUUGGUUGUAGUUGUGUCUCGAGCCAGUCGGGCAUGACCAUUUUCACUUUAUCUGGGCCAAUUUGGCUAGGUGGUUAUGGUACUCGUAACUGUAGUUGUCACGAGCCAUUCAGCCUUGAUCGUCAUCCUGUAGUUGUGAGGAGCCAUUUGGGCUUGAUCAUCAUCUGCUGACAUGACUAGGUGUCUCUCUUGUAUGGUUCUGCAGUGAGAGUUUUUUUAGCUCAUUUUACAUUACUUAAGUAGAGUCACGUAGAACAAUGUUACAUUUUGUGUAUAUGAGGCUCUGUAACAUGAAUCUUUGGUUUCUUGAAAAUAAUUUAUUUCUUGCUCCAAAA